AUGACUGCCACUGCCCUCCCCAACAAAGUCCGCGUCGCCGUGACCCAGGCGGAACCCGUCUGGCUCGACCUCGAGAAGACUGUCGAAAAGACAUGCACCCUCAUCGCCGAAGCCGCAGAGAAUGGCGCGCAGCUCGUAACCUUCCCCGAGUGCUGGAUCCCGGGAUACCCAGCUUGGAUUUGGGCCCGCCCCCUCGACCCUCCUCUCGCAACAGCCUACAUCGCGAACUCCCUCCGCGUCCCCUCCGAGCAACUAACCCGGAUCCAAACAGCAGCCGCAAAGCACAAAAUCACCGUCGUCUUCGGCUUCGCCGAGAACAUCCACUCGAGCCUGUACAUCAGCCAGGCGAUAAUCUCGUCCUCGGGGGAACUCCUAACGACCCGCAAGAAGCUGAAGCCCACACACAUGGAGCGCACUAUCUUCGGCGACGCAGCCGACGCAGACGCCUGUCUGCGUUCGGUCGUCGAUACGCCUGUGGGGAGGGUCGGCGCCCUGGCGUGCUGGGAACAUAUCCAACCCUUGCUGAAAUACCACACGAUCUCGCAGCGCGAGGCAAUCCACGUCGCGGCCUGGCCGCCCGUGUCAUCCUUUGACGGUUCCGCGCCGUGGUCGAUGAGCGCCGAGGGCACAGCCUCAAUCUCGCAGACCUACGCGAUCGAAGCGCAGACUUUCGUGCUGCACACGACUGCCGUUCUCACAGAAGCGGGGAUCGAGCGCAUGGCGCUGCAGAGUGGCGGGUUGAUGAAUAAACCCGGGGGAGGGGCGUCGGCGGUGUUUGCGCCUGAUGGGCGGAAGAUUUCGACGGGUAUACCGGCCGAUCAGGAGGGGAUUAUUUAUGCCGACUUGGACUUUGAGGAGCCGAUUCCUCUUACACCUCACACAAGCCCGCAACUUGCAACCGUUGCACUCGAGAAGAAAGUUGUGCAGCCAUUCCAAACACUCUUCGCACCGGAAUCGCCCGGGGACACGGGUCCAACCCUCAGCGUGCCAACAUUGGUGGUUCUUGCGCAGUUCCUCGACCCUCUGUUCCACCAGUACUUCGUCUGCUUUUCCAGCGUCUGUAUCUCCGGGGGCACGAUCGCGAUCGAGAAUCUCAAAGGCACGCUCGCGUAG